AAAUGUUUUAUUAUUAUUAUUAUUAUUAUUUAUUUAUUUAAAUUUUAUUUCAUUUCAAUAUUAGAUAAGUAUCGCAAACACAAAGGCUAUUUUGUUCUGUUGCCGUUGUGCGGAUGUAGUCCAUUUAUGGAAACGAGUGAUUUCCGGAGGGGCGUGCUUUCGAGCUCAAAUGGGCGUGCUCGCAGGUGUGGGCGGGGUUUAAAGCCCUUCCUCGAAACUGUUUCAUGACAGAGGUGUUCAGUCUUCCGCUCUGUCUCAGGCGAACAGUUUUAGUGUGUAUGUGUAAUGGCUGCGUCUCAACUCCUGGAUGAGCAAGACGAAAGAGAAAAUGACACCUACCAUGUAAUGGUGAUGGUGGAGGACAGGACACACCCCCAGACCACACCCAAAGGACGGACACACCCCUCUGUGAACACGCUCAGAAAUGCUCACAUUGACGACAAGUCGAACGUUAGUAAACCACAGCGGUUUGCCCGCGGCUUCCGUAAAGCAUUGCGCAAAAACCAGGACUAUAUCAGCAUCCCUGUCUCAAAGCCCAACGCCUCUCAACUGCCGUCAGAAUGGUGGAAAACGGGAAUUACGUUCAUCUGGGCGGGUUUCAACCUUGUUCUCACGACUGUCAUGAUCACCAUCGUCCAUGAGAGAGUUCCAGAUAAAUCCGUCAGCCCGCCGUUACCCGACAAGUUCUUUGAUUAUGUUCCACGGGUGGCUUGGGUGUUUUCAGUCACGGAGGUGAAUGGAAUGAUUCUGGUGGCACUCUGGUUCAUCCAUUGGCUCUUCCUUAAGCACAGGGCGAUCGUGGGCCGAAGGUUUUUCUUCCUACAGGGAAUGUUGUAUUUAUAUCGUAUGGUGACCAUGUACAUCACAACUCUCCCUGUUCCCAGCAUACACAUGAACUGCGCCCCGAAGCUGUAUGAUGAUUCUCAUGGGAAGAUCAAGCGUAUUUGGCAGCUGGUAUCUGGAGGAGGUUUGUCCAUCACCGGUUCUCAUAUGAUGUGUGGAGACUUCCUGUACAGCGGUCACACGGUCAUGCUCACCCUCACCUUCCUCUUCAUCCAAGAGUAUUCCCCCUCCACUCUGCUGUGGCGUUGCUAUCAUGUGAUCUGCUGGUUGCUAAGCGCAGUGGGCGUGGUCUGUAUCCUCAUUGCACAUGAGCACUACAGCUUGGACGUGGUGGUGGCGUAUUUCAUCACAUCACGCCUCUUCUACUGGUACCACACCAUGACCAACAACCAGGCUCUGGGAUCUUCUAACAAUUACCUGAACAGAACGUGGUGGAACCCUGCAUUUAACUUCCUGGAGAAGAACGUUAAAACGACAGUUCCCUGCACGUUCUCAUGUCCCGUGUCACUUCCUGCCGCCUUCAAGAACACGUGCAAGAGCUACUCGAAAGUGCAGAGCACACGCGAUGCGUAACACGCUACACACGUGUGGUGGUUUGUUGGGUAACAAAGUCACCGUGACACAGUGCUAAUGUAAAUCUGAUGAAAUGUUUGACUAAAAUUAAGAUCCUGUUUACUUGAAACACAUCUGCCUCUACACGCCUCUGAUGGAAGAAAGUGCUUUUGUGCAGUUUCUGAUGGAUUGUCGUAGUUUAUCUGUAUGUGCCGUUCUGAAUGAAGGAUUGAAAACACUGAUUGUUUGCUAUGUAUAGUUUUUUUAUUUAUUUGUUCAAUGUCUUAUAUAUCUAUAUAUAUAUAUAGCAUUUGUCUCAAUUUGAAUGUUAUAUAAAUAAAUUAGAUGUGUCUA